AAUGGGCCAAGACCAACUCUUAGCCUGCCUCAAACGUGAAGGCGAUGCUGUGAAGUGGAUGUGUCUGGCAGUAUAUUCGACAGAACACUUUCUGUCACAAGACUAAGUGUUGGUAGUCCUUCGCAGUGGGGUAGGCCUAAUCAGGAAGUCAUUUGGACGCCGGCCCUGAUCUCUCCUUCCUCUUCUCAUCCAUCCAACCACUCCCCAUCUGAGAAUCAGCAUCCCCGAUCACUUUCGCGUUCAUCUUCAGGCAUUUUAUUUUUGUCAAAUGUCUUUGCCGUUGUCAGUUGCUUCUUUUCAAUCUUGAGUUCGCUAUUUCAAACUCACUCUCCAAGAUGGCUAGAGCUCGUGAUCAUAGAAGAUGUUUCUUUUGUCACCGCAGGGGGCAUAUCCUCUCUCGGUGCCUCUUACGCCGAGGUUUGAUGGUCUUGGGUCAAAUGUCAAUGACAUACAAUACUAUAUGUGGACUCGCUCGUGGGUCGAAUAUUGGAAGACAAGGCCGCUAUCGCGGUCGUCGCUAUAGGCGGCCGGUCGACCAUUAUGAUGGAUCUGACUACGACAACCGCCAUUUGGGGUGGGCACGCCAAGAAGCUGCUUCUGUUCCUCUUUUCGAGUACGAUCCGCCGAAGCGCGUCGUCGAACUUGGAGAACUGGACAUGGUUGAUACUGCUUUUGAGGAUACUCCCGCCGGUCCUUCAACUAGUACCUCUGAUGCAGUCAUCCAUGACGCCAAGCAUUCUGUCGUGCUUCGUCCCAAUAAUCAGUCCUCCUCGACUACUCACAAUUUCACCGCUGGAACCCAGACUUUCUCCUCCGCAGUAACCAAAAGUGAACCGUCGGGUUUUUCAAGUAUCGUCGACAAUCAAUUCCCAGAUUUCUCGACUGAAAAUCUUGGGCCCGGAACGCUCGACCCCAAACCUAGAAAUACGAACAAGGAUGUAGUAUUUUCGGACCUGGAGAUUGCUGUGGACGAUUACCGCGACGAGAUGUUCACCAUAGUUUGAUGCAUGGACACCCCUGUCUUCUCUGCUUCAGCAUUUGCUUUGCGAGGCAUACUAUGUCUCAC